GGCACUGCAGAGAAACCAUUAAUGCUUAAAGAUUAUGCUAUUCUCAAGAACAUUAGGCAUCCAAACAUCGUCUCGAUACAAAAUUUUUAUGAUGAAGCUGGUGAGGCCAGAUUUGUCAUCUCAUGGGUUGAUGGGACCCUUCUUUGCAUGGAUUAAGUCCAAAAAAGGACAACAGGGAAUCAUUGAGUCUUCACAUAUCAGCAGUCGCCCUUCAACAACAUUCCGCCAAAUCAUUAUUGGAAUCAGCAAGGCUCUGGAUUGUCUUCUACAACACAACAUUUACCCUAGCGAGAUUCGAAUUGAAGAUGUAUAUGUUCGAGUGAAGGGUGGAAUUACCACAGUUAAACUGCUUGUUUAUGAAGCUCAAUUGGCAACAUCAAGAAAUACUACUGCUAGUAAUCAGAAUGCACAGAGGAUCAAACUGUGGAAAGAUGUAAAAGGGGUUGCAGACAAAUGUGUAGAACUUGCUGGGCUUAAAAAGCAGAUCCAUCCUGACUGUGAUAGGUUUUUGAAAUAUAUUGGUGCUGGGAAUGUCAAGUGGUUAGAGGAUUACCCGGAUGAAUGGAAUGAUGACAAAAAGGCCUGUUACUUGAAGGCACUUGUGGCGUCUGAUUCUAAAUAUGUCAGAUCCAAGCUGCAACUCAUUGGUUUUACAUGGCCUGACUACAGUGACUUCCUCAACAACUUGAUAACUGAUCAAGUGACCAGAUUGGACAUAAAGUACAACAUUUUGGAUCCUUAUGACUACCUGCGAUUGUGCAGAAACCUGGUCAAACAUUGGCUCUCUCUGCCCUCUAAUCUACGGGAGAAGAAUGAUGAUUACGCUUUCUUCCUUCGAAAGAUGGAGAAGUGGACACCGAGGAUUUGGUGUAACCUGUAUGAGGCCAUUGGGUGGCCUCCGAAGUAAGCAGCAACAGGUUUUGAUCGUGUCAGUGCCAAAUGAAAGAAAUAUCAAGGUUUUCGGAGUAGCAGCAGCUUUUGACAGUGUGAGGGACAGAUUUCGAUCAAGGUUUUCUGAGUUGCAGCAAUUUAAGAAAACGCAAUGCUGAUGGAGACACAGUGGACACCACUAUUACUUUUCUUUUUGUUCGGCAGUUUUAUACUGUUGAACACGAACAGUAUUUAAGUAGUUUUAAACACAAUACUGUUGGAGUAGUUUUGUUUGCCGUGGGCAACCGACUGUUGCAAUUAGCAGUGAACUCUAUCUAAGAAGUGCGAUUGGAUGAACUCUCUUUAGCCAUAUGUAUUUCCCGAGAAAAUUGUAUA